AUGGCUUCGAAUCCUCGUGGUCAACACGGCGACUUGCCAAAACAAGAGCCUGUCCCGGAAACCAACAAGAGUGCACACGAGUAUGAGGAUAGCUGGAUCAAAAAGACGCAAGCCAUUGCUCCUCCGAAGGAUGCUCUCGCCAGACGACCAGGAUAUGGAAUCCAAGGUCGGCUGAUCACGCUGCGGGCCAACUUCUUCGAGCUGGACUUCCGGCCUGGCAUCAUCUUCCACUCCUACAACGUCGUUGUCACUCCCGCCAAUCCCAUUCGGGCGCAAAUGAAAGAUCUCUUCAGUCAGAUUCUGGACAUUCCCGAAUUGGCUAGUGUUACCUAUGCCACAGAUUUCGCCAACGAGAUUGUUACCCUCGCCGACCUGCCUGUGGUCCAGGGACGCCGUUUCGAAGUAGGUUUUGAGAAUCAACCAAACCCAAAAAUCUUCACCGUUACGCUGUCAAAAAAUGGGACCAUCAACCCCGAGCUGUUGCUCACGCAGCUUCGGAAUGAUGAACGGAGAGACACAGUUCCCAGCGAGGAAGGCACUGUCCGAGCACUCAACAUCCUCCUCAGCGAUUAUCCUGCUCGUAAUACCAGCGUGGAAGUUGUUGGAAAGGCCAGACACAAGGUCUUCCGGAUGAACCCUCAAACAAAACAGUCUUGGGACCUCGGGGCGGGCAUCGAGGCAGUGCGUGGUUACUACUCGAGUGUGCGACUGGCAGCUGGGCGAAUCUUGCUCAACCUGAACAUUAACCACGGGUCCUUCUACUCUGAGGGACCCUUGAUGGGCUUGGUUGAAAACUUUCAAAACACUUUCGGCAGAGAUCGGGUUCUUUUUAACCGCUACGUCAAAGGCCUGAGAGUCGAAACGUCGCACUUGGGACCUCGGACGAGCAGAGUUGGGAAAUCUCUCAAACGAAUCAAAACAAUUGCAGGACUUGCAUCUCCCCUCGAUGGUCGUCGAACUGAACAUCCGCCUCAAGUACCCAAUCUGGGAUCGAGUGCGGACCACGUCUGUUUUUGGCAAGACACAACGAACCAGUACAUCAGCGUGACCGACUAUUUCAAAAAAGAAUACAAUAUUAUUCUCAGAGCUCACGACCGACCCGUGAUGAAUGUGGGCACUCGUGACAAACCGAUCUAUCUUCCCAUCGAUGUCUGCACUAUCAUUCGAGGCCAGUCUUUUGGUGGAGAGAUGUCCACUGCUCAGCGACAGGGCAUGAUCAAAUUCAGUUGCCGGAGACCGCCUGAGAACUAUCAGUCUAUCAUGAACGAAGGACUGCAAAUCAUGGGUGUCAACAACGGGGGCACCGAUGGCAUGGGAUUGCGAACAAAGAAAAGCGAAAUGAUCGCCGUGCCCGGCCGCAUUCUCUCUACUCCCGUCUUGAAAUACACAGACAAGAAAGUCACUCCUCGCGGUGGCUCAUGGAACCUCAUCCAGACCCGGUUCAGCGCUGGCGUUUCGUUUGAAAAAUGGACCUGUAUUCAGAUUUAUACUCAUAAGCCCCAAGACAUGACUAGGUACAUGGCCGACUUUCACAAAAAGAUGCGCGAUCAUGGUCUCCGGUUGCCGCCGUGUGAGCUUCCAGGCAAAAUGAUCCGACGAGACGAUAAUAUCAGAACCAAAGUUGAUGCGGUAUUCCAGGAGCUUGCCCCUAAUUACCAGCUGGCGGUAGUUGUCCUUCACACUCAGGAUGCUCGCGUCUUCAACUAUGUCAAAUGGGCUGGAGAUGUUAAAUGGGGCUUGAUGACGCAUUGCAUGUCCCUUGAUAAAUUGUUCAAGGCCAAUGACCAGUAUUACAGCAACAAUGCCAUGAAGGUCAAUCUCAAGCUCGGGGGCAUGAAUCAGUUGCUUGAAGGUGCUCACUCGCGCUUCCUCGGUGCCGGCAAGACCAUGGUCGUCGGUCUCGAUGUGACCCAUCCCUCCAGCACCGACCCCGAGACCUGCCCCAGUAUUGCCGCCAUUGUUGCCACUGUGAAUGGACAGCUUGGGCAAUGGCCUGGUCAAGCCCGCAUCCAGACCCGCCGCGUCGAGAACGUCGAGAACCUCCGGGAAAUGAUUGUAGGCCGGCUGAAAGUGUGGCAAGAGCACAACAAAGGCAGCCUGCCCCAGAACAUCCUCAUCUACCGAGACGGUGUGAGCGAGGGCCAGUUCCCGAUGGUCAAGAACGAAGAACUGCCAGCAGUGCGCGAAGCCGUGAAAGACAUGUACCGCCAGAACAUACCCAACAUCAGCAUUGUCGUCGUCGGUAAACGUCACAACGUCCGCUUCUAUGCUACCCAGAAGGCGGAUGAGGACCGGACUGCGAACUUGAUCAAUGGCACGGUGGUUGACCGUGGCGUCACCCGCCCCAUCUACUGGGACUUCUACCUGCAGGCUCAGGCUCCUCUCCAGGGCACCGCCAGACCCGCUCACUACGUCGUUAUCCACGAUGAGAUCUUCACAAACCCCCAGGCUAACACCGCCGGAAAGCCCGCCGAUAUCUUGCAGGAAGUCACCCACAACAUUUCUUACAUGAUGGGCCGCUGCACUCGGUCGAUCAGCUACGCCACUCCUGCCUUCCUGGCCGACAGAUUCUGUGACCGCGCUCGCAAGUGGGUCCAAGCCUAUUACUGGGAGAUGUUGGCGAAGGAAGAGGCCCAGGGUGGCCCUCACAGAGCUGAAAUCCCUCCUCCUUCAGAGCGGGUCGUGGGCGUGAAUCCCCGCAAAUUGAACCGGAUGGUCUAUAUCUAG